AUGGUCGACAGUAAUACUCAUCUAGAUGAGGCCUCCGGCAGGGUGCCUCAGUCAUCAAGAGGAAGAAGCGCAUCCACAUCAACAGCGAGAAGGCACGAGGACACGCCUGGUGCAUCGACCGACGCAGGUCCUGCUAUCUCUCGGAACGAAUCCGAGACUUCAACCACUCCAACAUCGCAUCCUACGCAGCAUGAAUCUCCCGAUGAUGAAUCAAGCUCAUCUCAUCAACACGCGUCCUCAAACCCCACGGGCGUUAACCAACAUAUUCGAGGGUUCGAUCAGUCCGGCUUUCCCUUGACCGGUGACCCUCGAGUGGUGGUGGCUGCUUCACCCCCUUCGCCCCGUUUACAACCCACAUAUCGGUCGACCCGGUCUUUGGGUGGCUCAGAAGCCACCUCUCCGAGUCGCAUAAGAAUCCGGGAUUUGUCGCAUAUACGCAGUUUCGCCAGCGAAGAAUAUUUGGCUCGUCCUCGAAUGGGAGGUCGCUCGUCGAGCUCCUUCUCGGAUUCAGGAAGACAGUAUGAGAUCAGCUCUAUGCCGGUCUCAGACAUCAUUGAAAUGGUUGCGGGACUCCUCACCAAAAUCACCACCACAAACGACAGACAACACGAACAUCAUCGACCGAUUCCACUCACGGAGGAACAGAGCCAUCUGAACCCCACCGCCUCUUGUGUGUUAGCUUUCCAUGGGCGAAACGUGCCAGGAAUAACGAUCUUGAGCUAUCUGAGCCGGAUUCACCGGUACUGUCCAACGACAUAUGAGGUGUUUCUGAGCCUGUUGGUCUACUUUGACCGGAUGACGGAGAUGGUAAAUCGAGGGUUACUCGGCCAGGGCCAAAGGCGAGCUAAUGAUUCGCCUGCGACCGCUCCUGAGUCGUCGACACCUACAGCCCGCUCCCCAGUGCCCACGCCCAUGAAUGUGGACAGUCCGCAGGAACAGGAAGAUUUUGGCGCACCCAAGGAGUCAGAUCAGCCAUCACCACAAGCUUCAGCCUCUACUCCACCGUCCGGCACCCCUACUGAUCUGUCACAAUUCUUCGUCGUUGACAGCUUUAACAUUCAUCGGCUCAUAAUUGCCGGUGUCACCUGCGCCAGCAAGUUCUUUUCGGAUGUGUUUUACACAAAUUCCAGAUAUGCCAAGGUCGGAGGGCUUCCACUGGCCGAGCUCAAUAACCUCGAGCUCCAAUUUCUACUCCUUAACGACUUUAGACUCUCGGUGCCGGUAGAAGAGCUUGAAGCCUACGGUACGAUGCUUGUGGAAUUCUACGCGAGGGAACUAGUGGCACAACAACAGGCUGGUCACGCCGGCUCGUCGCCACAGUCUACGGAUGGCAUGUACAUGGACUCGGGGUCGAGGUCAACAGGGCAACCAUCUGCACCACCGACGUCGUAG